CCCGGGCAGAGUUGGUUAAUGAGGCAGCCGCAACGAGUCCGCAGCCCGCUGCCUGCGGAGAUGUAGCGGCAGCGCGCGGCAGACCGCGGCGUGAAAGACGAGCGUGUUUCUCAAGCUGUUCACGUGCCGGGUCUCAAGGCGGCUGUUUGAACCGUUUUCAUUUGGGUGGGCUGAUUUAUUUACCAUAUCUUGCAAGUGUUAGUGCUAAAGUCAUCACAGGAAGCAUCCCUUACAUGGAACUAGUCCACUGACUGACUUGCUCAGCGGUGUCUGCUACACUGACAGAAAUGCUGAGUGAAAAUAGCUCUGUAUGCCUGAAGAAGAAAUGCUUGUCUUCCGCACCACACACUGAGCCACUUGAACAUGAAGAUGAAAAGGCCAAGUGGGCUGUGCAGAAGCGCUUUCAAACCCAUCAUCCUAGUUGCGAUUGGCUUUUGCAUCCUUUACACAGUCAAGUUAAAUUCUGAUUCUGGGAGGUGUGACAUGGCAAGAAUCCAUUAUGUAAACACUGAAUAUGCCAAGAAAGCCCAGAAGUUUGCCCAGCACGUCCUGCAAGCGGAGUGCCGACCGUCUUUCGUGAAGAAAGAGAUGAGUCGGUUAUUCAUGCAGAAGUACAGUAUGAACGUCCCUCCUUUUACAAGCAAGCACAUAAACGCGCAGCAGGGUGCCUUCAAAUAUGAACCACCCUUUGGAUUUCACAAGUUUUCAGAAAAGCUUCGAGACCUCUUGGAACUUUUGCCCGAGUAUGACUUCCCAGAAAGCUUGCAGUCAGCACCCUGCAAGCGUUGUGUUGUUGUGGGGAGCGGCGGGAUACUUCGUGGCUUGGAGCUGGGUCACGCCCUCAACCAGUUUGACGUUGUGAUAAGAUUAAAUAAUGCACCAGUUCAAGGAUAUACAGAUGAUGUUGGUAAUAGAACUACCUUAAGGCUGACCUACCCGGAAGGGGCCCCCUUGUCUCAUCGUGAAUAUUUCCCACAAGGGUUGUUCGUUACUGUUUUAUUUAAAAGUGCUGACUUUGAUUGGAUUCAAGCAAUGGUGAAAAAUGAAACAUUGUCGCUCUGGAUGCGGCUCUUCUUCUGGAAGCAGGUGGCGGAGAAGAUCCCUGUGUUGCCGAAGCAGUUUCGCAUCUUGAACCCAGUCAUCAUUAAAGAGACCGCUUUGGAUAUUCUGGAGUAUCCCGAACCUCGAUCAAAAAUUUGGGGAUGGGAUAAGAAUGUGCCCACCAUUGGCGCCAUAGCAGUGGUUAUGGCCACACAUUUAUGCGACGAAGUGAGCCUGGCGGGGUUUGGAUAUAAUCUCAGCCAGCCGAGCGCACGGCUGCACUACUUCGACCGCCUGUGUAUGGCGUCGAUGAACAGGCAGACGAUGCACAACGUGACGACGGAAACAAAAUUUCUUCAGAGGCUGAUAAAAGAAGGUGUUGUGAGAGACCUCAGUGGAGGAAUACACUGUGACUUCUGCAGCAAAAAAGCUCGUGACUAAAACUCCGUCCCAGAACUGGAUCCCGCAUGUUUCUGUAAGUUCAUCCUCUCAAGUGUUUCCACUGCACCAGCCACCCGAAGAACCACUGUAAAGCUGCUGUAAUUUUUAAUUUCAUGUUUAGCUGUAUAGUAUUUUUUAAUAUAUGUUAUAAUAAUAGUUUGCUUACCAUAAGAAUUUUGUGGGCAAUUGACACUUUGUUGGUAUGUUAUCUGAUGUUUGGAAAGAGAAUCAAAACCUUUAUUUUAUAAGCUAUUAUAUUUAGAUGUCUGAUCGUCAGCCUAACGAAAGAAAGAAAACCUUCUCCAGUGUCAGUCCAUACCAAUGCAAUGGAAAUAUUUUUGGUUUGGGAAUAUGAAGUUAUUUAAGUGGA